AGGGGUAUAAAAACCGGAUCAAAAAAAAUUUGGUCCAUUCAGUUUGUUGGAAAAAAAGUUAUGUCUAGGUUUUCCGGUAAAGUGGCAAUUGUAACAGGCUCCUCAUCUGGAAUCGGUCGUGCUACUGCUGUGCUCCUUGCUCAACAAGGAGCCAAAGUUACUGUAACCGGAAGAAACGCAGAAAAACUGAGGGAUACUGUAAACCAAAUUCUGAGCAAUGGAGGUAAAUCCGAAGACAUCAAUCAAGUAAUUGGAGAUUUGACUGAUAGUGAAUGUCAAGGAGAAUUAGUGAAGAGUACAUUGGAGAGAUUCGGGAGAAUCGAUAUUUUGGUCAACAAUGCCGGUGCCGCCUUUGCUGAUCCAUCUGGAAAAAUUGGAAUCGAAGCGGAAGUUGGACUUUUUGAUGAAAUGCUGAAAGUCAAUUUGAGAUGUGUUGUGGAACUGGUACAAAAAUGUCGUCCACAUUUGAUUUCUAGUAAGGGAGACAUUGUGAAUGUGUCCUCUAUUUGUGCUGGACCAUCACCGUUCUUAUAUUACACCUACUACGGAAUCGCAAAAGCCGGACUGGACCAACUGACUCGUUGUCUAUCCCUCCAACUCAUCGAGCACGGUGUCCGUGUCAACUCCGUGAGUCCCGGACUCAUUUCAACCAACUUCCUUGGUGCCGUUGGUUUUCCAAAUGAUGCUGUCAAGAAGACCGAGGAAUAUUUUUCAAGUCAAAAAGAUUGCAUUCCUGCUGGACGUCCUGGAAGACCAGAAGAGAUUGCUACGCUCAUUGCGUUUUUGGCUGAUAAGAAAUCCAGUGAUUAUAUCGUCGGACAGUGUAUUGUCAUUGAUGGAGGCACUUCCUUGGCUCUCGGAAUGCCCAGUCAUGAUUUGUCAAAAGUUUUGAUCCUCCAGUGGGAUCGGUCGUGCUACUGCGAUCCUCUUCGCACAGGAAAAUGCGAAAGUGACCAUCACCGGAAGAAACACCCAACGACUCGAGGAAAGGCCAUUCUGAAAUCUGGAAUUCCAGAAACCCAUCUUUUGGCUGUUCCAGCAGACUUGGCCAAAGACGAAGAACAGGACAAGUUGGUCAACGAGACAAUCAACAAAUUUGGACAGCUUGACAUUUUGGUGAACAAUGCUGGAACUGCAUUCCCUGACGCUCAGGGGCGCAUUGGGUUGGAUCAGGAUGUCUCGGAUCUUGAUAGAACAAUGCAAAUCAAUAUGCGAAGUGUUGUCACUUUGACACAGAAGGCUAGGGAGCAUUUGAUUAAGGCAAAGGGAGAAAUUGUUAAAGGGGGACUCCGACCAAAAAUUUUUAUUGCAUUAAAAUGUAUGUACGACUGGCUCUUCUACGCAAUGGCAAAAUCUGCGCUUGAUCAAUUCACCAGAAGCGCAUCCAUCGGACUUAUUGCCCAUGGUGUUCGUGUAAACUCUGUCAGUCCUGGAUUCUUUUUGACUGGAAUCAGCGAUGCCAUGGGGUUGCCAGAAGGAACUUUUGAAAAGAUGGUCGCGUUCUACGAGUCAAGAAAAGAAUGCAUUCCUUGUGGGAAAGCUACUCAACGGAUCGAUAUUGCCAAUAUCAUCGCAUUCUUAGCAGAUCGUAAACUCUCUUAUUAUAUCAUUGGACAAUCAAUUGUGGCUGAUGGAGGGACCUCACUGGUCAUGGGAAUGCACAUGACAUGA